GCCGGGAUGAUGCUGCUGCUGCUGCUGCCGCUGCUGCUGGGGACCCCGGGGCUGAGCCUGCCCCCGGGGGGGGGCCCGGAGGACACUCAGCUGGUCACCCCCCUCCGCCUGGACCCCGACAUCAACGGCCGCCCUUACUUCAGGCGGGGCCCCGCCGAACCCCCCCGGGGAGGCCAAGCGGUGGUUUUCCAGCUCUCGGCUUUCGGGGAGGAUUUCUACCUCCACCUCACCCCCGACGCCCACUUCAUCGCCCCCGCCUUCGCCGCUCACUACCUGGGGGUCUCCCCCGAUGCCGCCCACCCCCUCCCCGCCCUCCGCCACUGCUUUUAUUCGGGGGAUGUCAACGCCGACCGGGAAUCUUUCGCCGCCCUCAGCCUUUGCGGGGGGCUCCGGGGGGCUUUCGGUUACCGGGGAGCCGAGUACAUCAUCAGCCCGGUGGCGGGGGGCUCGGCGGGGGGAGCCCACCGCCUGCAGCGCCGCAGCCCCGGCCGCCCCGUCGGGGCCGGAGCAUCCCGCUGCGCCGUGGGCUCCGGGCUCACCCCCGGGGUGCUGCAGGCGCUGGACAAGUACCGGGGGCGUGGGGGGGCAAAAAAAGGGGGUCGGGCCAAACGAUUCGCCUCGGUCCCCCGGUACGUGGAGACCUUGGUGGUGGCCGACGAGUCGAUGGUGAAGUUCCACGGGGAUGAUCUCCAGCACUACCUGCUCACCCUGAUGGCCACGGCCGCUCGGCUCUACAAGCAUCCCAGCAUCCGGAACCCCAUCCAGAUCUCCGUGGUCAAGUUCCUCCUCAUCGGGCAGGAUGACAAAGGGCCCAAGGUCACCGGCAACGCCGCCCUCACCCUCCGCAACUUCUGUGCCUGGCAGAAGAAGUGGAACAAGGUCAGCGACAAGCACCCCGAGUACUGGGACACUGCCAUCCUCUUCACCAAGCAGGACCUGUGUGGUGCCACCACCUGUGACACGCUGGGGAUGGCAGAUGUGGGCACCAUGUGUGACCCCAAGCGCAGCUGCUCCGUCAUCGAGGACGACGGGCUGCCCUCAGCUUUCACCACUGCCCACGAGCUGGGCCACGUCUUCAACAUGCCCCACGACAACGUGAAGGCCUGCGAGGAGGUCUUUGGUAGGCUGAAGACCAACCACAUGAUGUCCCCCACCCUCAUCCAGAUUGACCGUGCCAACCCCUGGUCAGCUUGCAGUGCUGCCAUCAUCACCGACUUCCUCGACAGUGGCCAUGGAGACUGCUUGCUGGACCAGCCAACCAAACCCAUCCCGCUGCCUGAAGACCUGCCAGGGACCAGCUACAGCCUGAACCAGCAGUGUGAGCUGGCCUUUGGGGUGGGCUCCAAGCCCUGCCCCUACAUGCAGUACUGUGCCAAGCUCUGGUGCACGGGCAAGGCCAGGGGACAGAUCGUCUGCCAGACCCGGCACUUCCCCUGGGCUGAUGGCACCAGCUGUGGUGAAGGGAGGUUCUGCCUGAAGGGCGCCUGCGUGGAGAGGCACAACAUCAGUAAGUACAGGGUGGACGGCGGCUGGGCCAAGUGGGCGCCCUACGGGCAGUGCUCCAGGACCUGUGGUGGAGGGGUGCAGCUGGCCAAGAGGGACUGCACCCACCCCGUGCCUGCCAACGGGGGCUCCUACUGCCAGGGCGUCCGCCUCAAGUACCGCUCCUGCAACCUGGAGCCCUGCCCUGCUGCAGUGCCUGGGAAGAGCUUCCGUGAGGAGCAGUGUGAGGCUUUCAACGGGUACAGCCACAGCACCAACCGCCUCACUGCCUCUGUCUCCUGGGUCCCCAAAUACUCUGGUGUUUCACCCCGGGACAAGUGCAAACUCAUCUGCCGCGCUAACGGCACCGGCUACUUCUACGUGCUGGCACCCAAGGUUGUGGACGGCACCCCUUGCUCCCCAGACUCCACCUCGGUCUGUGUCCAGGGCAAGUGCAUCAAAGCUGGUUGUGAUGGGAAGCUGGGCUCCAAGAAGAAGUUUGACAAAUGCAGUGUCUGUGGAGGAGACAACAAGAGCUGCAAGAAGGUCUCAGGCUUGUUCACCAAACCCAUGCACGGCUACAACUUCGUGGUGGUGAUCCCGGCUGGUGCCUCCAACAUCGACAUCAGGCAGAGGGGCUACAAAGGGCUGAUCAGCGACGACAACUACCUGGCGCUGAAGAACGGGCAGGGCAAGUACCUGCUCAACGGGCACUUCAUUGUCUCUGCCGUGGAGAGGGACCUGCUGGUGAAGGGCAGCGUCCUGCGCUACAGCGGCACCGGCACGGCUGUCGAGAGCCUGCAGGCCUUCAAACCCAUCCAGGAACCCUUGACUUUGGAGGUGCUCUCCGUGGGGAAGAUGACCCCUCCUCGGGUCCGCUACUCCUUCUACCUCCCCAAGGAAAGCAAAGAGGACAAGUCCUCCUACAAGAAGGAAGGCAAGACCCCACCCGACCUCAACAACAGCGUCCUCAGCUUGUCCAACCGCUUGGACGGCGGCAGACCCAGCUACAGGCGUCCCAGCUACAAGUGGGCAACGGGGGGGUGGGAGGCUUGUUCUGUCACCUGCGGGGACGGGCUGCAGAAGCGCUGGGUGGCUUGUCACGACUCCUACGGCCAACCAGCCACCGAGUGUGACCUGGCGCAGCGACCGGCUGACGUCCGGCUCUGCGGGGAGCCCUGCCCGGCCUGGGAAGCCGGACCGUGGUCUCCUUGCUCCAAGAGCUGUGGCCGGGGUUUCAAGAGACGGGCGUUGAAGUGCUUGGUCCCAACCGGGCGCUCGUUGCCCCGGGAGAGUUGCAAUUUCCGGAGGAAGCCCCAGGAGCUGGAUUUUUGCACCUUGAGGCCGUGCUGAGCAGGCUUAGGGGUGUCUGCGAGGAAGGACACGGUGUCCCCCUGGCUGGAAGGAGAAGCCGAGCAGCAGCCAGGGACUGGGAGAGGGGGAGAUGU